AUGGUGGUUAUUGCAGACAAUGUAGAAGAUCUUUUUCAGGAGUCUAUUGCUGCGAGCAUUUUAACUGUUAUGUGUAACCUACAGCAAUUGAUCGAUAACAUUGGCAGCAAGAAUUGUGACAGGUCUUUUAACGCCCUUGAUAUUAUACAUUUGAUUAACAUGUCAGACAUUUUAACCGUGGAGGAAAACAGUGAAAUAGAUGACCCAACGAUAAAUUCCCAAACCGAAACACUUAACAGACACUUGGGAGGGUUCAACCUUGAAAUAGAUGCGAUUCAGCCUGAUGGCGACUGCGCCUUUAGAAGUGUUGUGAGACAAGCCACUAAAAGGGCAUGUAAUGAACCACAAAUAUCAGCACAUCUGCGUUCUUUGGGGCUUCUAAUUGACGAUGACAGAGACACGUUCACUUUAAGGCAACUGUUUGUGGAUGAACUUCUAAAAGAUUCAGGCGCUGCUACGUCCUUUUUAGAAGGCUCUGCAGAGGAGAAAUCAAGAAGAGCAGAGGGGUUUCGCGUGCGUGGAGUUUUCGAUAGGAACAUUGGUGAUUUAGUGAUAAAAGUCUGUUCUUCUAUAAUCAAGGUGCCAGUGAUUGUGAUAACGUCUAGCAGGUCCGUUCCCGUUGCUCCUUUCACGCCUGAUGAACCUUUGACCAACCAACCCAUUUAUAUAGCGUACCACUAUUACGGUGCUGGCCAUUAUGAUGCCACUAACAAUAAAAUUUCAGGUAAGAACACUGAAGUGAAGCCAGAGAUAAUACUCCAUUGCGAGCACGAACAAUUCUAAAGACUUACACGAGCCCAGUGACUAAACCUGUAAAGUGCAUGUGUCUCUCGAAUUAAAACAUACUUCUACAUUAGCUUUAAAAGGUCCAUGUCACAGUUGUCUACCCCGUUAUGUUAUGUAGGUAGUACCAAUUACGCGCCCAUUCGCUAUAUGGAGCUGGAUUUGGAGAAAUUACUUGUUUGGCGAAUAGAUAUGUCUCCCAAGCAAUACUGGUAUAAACAGUUAUAAUCACAAAACCCUAAUUUAACUAUGAAUGCAUUUUAUUGACAGUUUCACAACCCGGUGAAAGUCGUGGAUGCUACUGCGGACGACAGGUGAAGUCGAGAGAUCAGUUGUCUUGCAAUGCGGCCACAACUAGUAAAUCCCGUUGUCCCUGCGUGUUAAACAAGAGACUGUGUGAGCCGCGCAAAUGCAAAUGCCUCAACUGUGCGAACAAAACUCAACAGGGUGAAAAAGUGGGAAAAAGUACUUCAUGUCGCUGUGGGGAGUCGAAGAAAAGCAAGUUCCAAGGAACAGAGAACUCUUCAUGUGUAGAUAUCGUUGGCAAGAGAAGGACGAAAUGUCCUUGCUACGCUACCGGCAAGGCCUGUGACGAUCACUGUUCCUGUUAA